AUGGAAGCUGGGAUUAUGGUGGAAACUUUGCCAAUACUAGGCUCUUGUAUUUUAUGUCUGAAAGAAGGAGUUGUUAAUAGUAUGCUUAUUAAACAUGAAAAUAAAAAAGAAUCUUAUACAGAUAUGCUUUUCAAAUGUUUUUGUAUCGACAUUGCAAUAUUAGAGUUAGAUGAUACAAAGUGCCUGAUAUGCCAUAGUUGCAUACAACAACUAGAAAGUAGCCUCAAGUUUAGGGAGCAAGCGGAAACAUCCUUGAAAGCAUUGGAAGUAACGAUACGAUUAAAACAAACCGAUGAAGCAUACGAAAGUGUCAAAAUUGAAACAACCUCCACAGAAGUGGCCUUUAACCAAGUGUUGAACGAUGUUGGUGAAGAUUUGACAUCUGUUAUUAGCUAUACUAAAGAUUUUCAAGACGAGAAUUCUGAUGGUGAUAUAUUAAGGAAUGUUAAACUAGAGGAUGAUAUUGAUUUUGAUGAUACUGAAGCCGAUGAAUCAUCCGAAAGUGUCAAAAUUGAAACAACCUCCACAGAAGUGGCCUUUAAUCAGGCGUUGAACGGUGUUGGUGAAGACCUGGCUGUUAUUGGUUAUUCUAAAGAUAUUCAAAACCAAGAAUCAGGAAGUGACACAGACUCUGAACAUGAAAGCGGUGCUCCAGGACCAUCAACUAAGAAGAAAUCACGUACGGAAAUCUUGCAUAAAGAGUGUGUGACAACAUAUUCAAAGCAAAAUUUUAAACCUGGUGAGACUCAAUCAACUGAUAAUGAAUCACGAAGAGGUUCAUCAUUACAAAUAAUUGGUGACAUCGUGAUUAAACAAGACGAUAAACAAAUGGAAGUUUAUGAUGAAAAUCCCGCUAUAGAUCAUGUAGAAAAACAGAGACAAAUUAUUGGUGUUAGGUUGAAUAGAGCGCCAAAAACUUCUGCGGAACGUGGUCGAGAGUUCAGAGCACGAAGAGCACUGCUUAAACAACAAAUUAAGCAACAACAGGAACUAGAUGCAAUAGUUGAAAUUGCCACGGAAUAUUUUCGAAGUGAUGGUCCAUCGGAAGACAAUCAAGUCCAUGGACCUUCUGAAAUAAGGAUAAUAGAAAAAAGAGCAAGAUCUGCAGAGGCAACACGGCGAUGGAGAGAGAAAAAAAAUGCGUUAGUGAAUCAUAAAAAAAAACAGGCGAAAACUGCAGCUCAACGCAUGCGAGAAUAUCGGCAGAGAAAAAAAAUG